UUUCAGUUUCAAUUUCAAACAUGCCUCAUCCAGUAUGCAAAUUUAUGUUUCUCAGUUUCACAGCCUGCGUUUUAGUGUAUUUACCACAAAUUUUGGCUUAUCCAGGCGAGAGUUAUCAUCAUCGUGAUGGACUACAUACACCAUGUACAUUUUUUGAUACCGUCAAUGUGACAAGUGAUACGAAAUUUGAAAAUGGUUCAUAUUUGCAUGAUGGUGUGUUGAUACCAAGACAUUUGGUUGGCUUAUACGACUAUAUUUACAAGGAUUUAGUUACACGGGAAGAGGUGCCACCACAUUAUCGUGGAUGUAUAUGUAAAGUGAAACCUUGCAUCAAUUUUUGUUGCCCGUGGGGCACAAUUUACAAUUCAAAUCUGAGCUCAUGUAUUAAUACAAGUGAAGAACAUCAAUGGCCAGAACCAACAAUCAAUAUAACACUACCAGAUAGUUCACUCAAAACAGUCAACAUAUUUGAACAAUUCGCAGUGCAAAAUUUUCGUCCAUGUAAGAUAAUGUUUUCUUUAAUACCAGAGAUGUAUUACUACGAUGGCUGGGAACUAUUUUCAAAUGGCACAAUGUUCCGUUUGGAUGAUGAAAUUUAUUUUGUUAAAAACGAAUUUUGUUUAGUACCUACUGUGGUCAAUGAAACAGAUUUGUUUUAUAAAAUCAAUCCAGCCAAUUGUAAGGUUUCCUCAGAGUAUGGUACCAUGAAAAUCAUAAAUGCUUAUGCUAUGCUUUUUUCCAUACCAUUUAUGGUAUUGACCAUAGUGGUUUACCUUUUAAUACCCGAACUGCGUAAUCAACAUGGAAAAUCUUUGAGUGAAAAUACAUGA